GAUUUACGCUCAUCGUGCGGCUGAUGCGAUGGCCGAUGAUCCGAUUGGUGAUUACAAUGGGUACAAUGUUUGUGUACAUCUUUUGUGUGUCAUACUGUCAUGUCUGCGUUUCCCGGUAUAAUAACAUCCACGUUUCGUUAGUCGUUCCAAAUUGACAUUCAAUCGAAGAUCUUGUCAAACAGCCAAAAUGGUCGUCAAAGAAAUCGAGAACUAUGACCAGGUUCAUGAAGAAUUAAUAAAGAACGGCGAGAAGCUGAUCGUCGCGGACCUCACGGGUACUUUUGACGGUAUGUCCGCACGUCUAUCGUUUCAUUUCGACGAACUCUCUGACAAGUAUGAACACAUAGUGUUCCUUAAAGUCGACAUUGAACGGUACACAGGGAGAGGUCCCUUGCGAACCGUGUUUUCCUUGCCGGUUUUUCUGAUGUACCGCAAUAAAAUUAGAUUGGCUGAGAUCCAUACUGUCGAAAUAGAAGCUGUCGAAUCGAAACUUAUCGAAUUAUUCGAAACACCACUUGCCGUUGCUAUCGGAGACUGUGGAGUAAAUGGUCUGAUGGACCUUAACCCUUUCAUUGUGAGAACUCAGUGCGAGGCUCUUAAUGAUUCAGACGAUCAUCCACUGUCGGCUCUUAUCGAGAACCAAGGCUAUAUUGAAUCAGAUUGCGAUGAGCAGCUUAUUUUAUCAUUCUCUUUCAAACAAUCUGUCAAAGUGCAUUCCAUCAGAAUUACAGCUCCUAAAGAUAAUGGACCAAAAUCAUUGAAGUUGUUUAUAAACCAGCCAAACACCAUAGAUUUUGAUACUGCAACAUGUAAUUUAGCUACCCAGGAGCUGGAAUUGAAACCUGAUGAAUUAGAUGGUAAAAUCGUUAACUUGAAAUUUAUGAAAUUCCUGGGCGUCUAUAACCUGCAGAUAUUUGUUGUAAACAAUCAAACUGAUGAGAAAGUAACAAGAAUUGAUAGCUUGUAUAUUAUUGGGAUGCCUAUAUCUACAACUCAUAUGGGUGAUUCCAAGUGUGAUUGUGGUAAACCAGAAGAAGCUCAUUAAAAGUAAUGCAUAAUAUUAAACCAUACAUCCAAAUUAAAUUAAAAAUUAAAAUAGUUAAAUAUCAUUUACCUAAAAUUUUUUUUA